CUCAUCUAAAUCCUUGGUUUCUGUAAUCACGUUCAUAUAAUUUAACAUUGGCACUUGAAAAUACCGAUUCGUUGCAGUGUUGUCAAAGAACUUGUCAUUGUGCAUUUUUAGUUAGAACAAGCAUAUCAAAAUGUCUACGGACAAUAUUAAUAAAUCUAGGUUCCAGCAUUUCAAAAAUAAAGGGAAAGAUCAAGAUGAAAUGAGAAGACGGCGAAAUGAAGUAACUUUUGAACUUCGAAAAAGCAAGCGGGAUGAAUCAUUAUUGAAGCGAAGAAAUGUGCCUCAAACUGAGACAACAGAUGACGAUGAAGUUGAUAAAAAUCUACCCCCUACUAGUUUAGAUGCAAUAGUUUCAAAUGCCAAUAGUGCUGAACCAGAUGUUCAACUUUCUGCUGUUCAAGGAGCUAGAAAAUUAUUAUCUAGUGACCGUAAUCCACCUAUUGAUGAUUUAAUACAGUCUGGUAUUUUGCCAAUUUUAGUUCAUUGUCUCAGGCGGCAUGAUAAUCCAUCUCUACAAUUUGAAGCAGCCUGGGCUUUAACAAAUAUUGCGUCUGGAACAUCUUUACAGACUACUGCAGUUGUAAAUACAGGAGCAGUACCAUUGUUUUUGGAUUUACUUAAAUCGCCCCAUCAAAAUGUUUGUGAACAAGCUGUUUGGGCUCUUGGUAACAUUAUUGGUGAUGGGCCUGACUUUCGAGACUAUGUAAUCAAACUUGGAGUUGUGGCACCUCUUUUGUCUUUCAUCAAACCUGAUAUCCCGCUGCCAUUUUUAAGAAAUGUUACAUGGGUGAUCGUCAAUUUGUGUCGUUCUAAAGAUCCACCUCCUCCAGUAGAAACCAUUAAAGAAUUGCUCCCUGCACUUUGUAUGCUAAUUCACCAUACAGAUGUUAAUAUUUUAGUUGACACAGUGUGGGCUCUAUCCUACCUUACAGAUGGAGGAAAUGACCAAAUUCAAAUGGUGAUAGAUUCCAAUGUUGUUCCGUUAUUGGUUCCAUUGUUAAGCCAUAAGGAGGUUAAAGUUCAGACGGCAGCUCUUCGUGCAGUAGGCAAUAUUGUUACUGGUACUGAUGAGCAAACUCAAGUUGUGCUAAAUUGUGAUGCCUUGUCACAUUUUCCGGCCUUGCUGAAUCACACAAAGGAAAAAAUAAAUAAGGAAGCUGUGUGGUUUUUAUCUAAUAUUACUGCUGGCAACCAACAACAAGUGCAAGCAGUUAUUGAUGCAGGUUUAAUUCCUAUGAUAAUUCAUCAUCUAAAUAAGGGAGAAUUCCAAGUCCAAAAAGAAGCUAGUUGGGCAAUUAGUAAUCUCACUAUUAGUGGUACCAAGGCACAAGUAGCAUAUUUAGUUAGUCAAAAAGUUAUUCCUCCUCUCUGCAAUCUUUUGACUGUCAGAGAUCCUCAAGUAAUUCAAGUUGUUUUGGAUGGCAUAAGCAACAUAUUGAAAUUAGCGGGACCUCAGUUUUACACAAUAGCCAGUCAAAUUGAAGAAUGUGGAGGUCUUGAUAAAAUUGAAUCCCUACAAAAUCAUGAAAAUGAAGAAAUUUACAAAUUGGCAUAUGAGAUUAUUGAUCAGUACUUCUCAGAUGAUCAAGGAGAUGAAGAUCCAGCUUUAAUGCCUCAGUCAUCAGAUCAAGGUUAUCAAUUUGAUCCCAAUGCAGCUAUACCUACAGAUGGCUUUAAGUUUUGAAGAACAUAAGAUAGAGAUAGAAAUUUUUCCAUUGAAAACGAACUGAAAUUCUGUGCUGGUCAUCUAUCCCCAGUGAUUGAAAUAUAUAUCUUCCAUGAUUUUAAAGACAACUGCAAAGUAUUGAGGCUUACAAGUGCAUUAUGUAGUUCUGGAACAUAAAUGCACACAGAAUAUUUAUAUAUCAUUCUACUGUUUGCACUAUUUUCUGUAACAUGGAUGUUACUUUAAAGAUAGAACCACAUUGCAAUACUUAUCAUCAUCAUUAUUUCAUGAAUUAGCAUUGAUUAUUAUUAUUAUUAUACAUCACUAUUUUAUUGGCUUACUUGAUCUGACAUAGAGCACAAAGAAAUUUGGCCUAAAAGAAGAGGUAUCUUUUUACUUUUUAGCAACAUUUUUUUAAUUUAUAUAACAGUUCAAAAAUCAAGUAAAAGUGUUUGUGCCAAAUGCUCUUAUGAAAAUACUGGUACUCUUGAAGGAGAGGGGAAAAAAUAAUUUAUUCUUUGUAUUUAUUCAAAAUUUUAUUUACAACAUAUUAAAAUAUAUGACCGUGGUGAAAAAGGGAUUUACUUGUAUGACAUUAGAGUUGGCUUUAUUUAUUUUAUGUAUAUACAUGAAACUAUUUUGCGACCAUGUAUAUUGUUUUAGGAUGUGAAUUUUCAUAUAAUUUAAGUUGUUCAUAGAUGCACUUCAUGUCUUUUCAGAGAUUUGCUCAAUACCAAUAUAAGCCGGGAUGAAUGAUAAAAUAUUUUGUGGCUAUAAGACAUUAUAAUUCUAGCCUUAAGAGUCUUCGUUCCUAUUAGGUUCCAUAAACAAAUGAGCUUAUGUUGAGUAUUUUUGUCUUAUCCUCCUUCAUUUAAAAUUCAUGGGAAAUUGGUUUACUCUACUUGAUACCCCUCAUCCCACCCUAGUUUUCUUAAUGAGAGUGCAUUUCUGUAUGGUGGCUCAAAAUUAAGCUCCAAUAUUGCAUAUUUGUUUAAUGGUAAACAAGUGUUUAAGAUUUUUUUUUUUUUUUUCUGUAUGUGCAAGUAAUUAAAAUAUGGCGAGUCUACGACUUUUUACGUCGAUACGUGAAGAAACAUUUAAAAUUUUAAUAGUCUUUCUGAAUAUGUAUUUGACGACUCAUUUGGCAGUAAUUUAAUUCUGCUGGAUUCAUUAUUCCUGUAACAUUUUAAAUAAUAAAUAUAGUUUUCGAUUUUUGUCUUAUAUUUUCUUAAUUACACUGCUGCACGUUUUACUUCCUUUUCGUAUAUCUUACUUGGAUUUUUCUUAAAUAGUCUUUAAAUCAACAGACUCUUCAUUUUAAAUCGCUUCAUAAACCUCUCCGACAGUAAAAAGCAGAUCAUAAGUUCGUUUUUUUUUUUUUUUUUUUUCCCUUCAAACACUUUGUAAAAUCGAAAAAUGCAUCUCCCCCCCCCCUCUUUCCCUCCCCUUUUGAUUAUCUACCCGGUAAGUAUGUUCCACUGAGAAGUAAAGGAUCUUAAAGCUACAAAGAUGUUUACCUUUUGUGUGUGUGUACCACCAAUACCUGGUAGCCCCAUUAUAAUUCAGAAUUGUUAAGAAUUAUUUUGCAAUUUUUAGUGAAGUAUUAUUUUUUAAAUAUAUAGUCAGGUUGUUGCUCAAUUUGAAUACGUUUGAAAGACUGCUCAUUAGAGUGGAGCGAAAAAAAAAUCAACUUUUUAUUUUUAAUUUGUAAUCGCGUGGUAAAGUUGCCUUUUGGUAUAGAUAAGAUAAAUAACAAAAUUAUUAAAAAAAAAUAUUAAUCUUGAGGUGCCGCAACGACGUUCAAGUUCAUUUUUAAAAAAAUCCUUUUUGCAGAUUUUUAAGGAUUUUCGCGUUCCUCGAUUAUGAAAUAAAAAGCUUUAAAUAAGCGUUGUCAUAUGAGUAAAAGCAUAAAAAUAGUUUUACUAUUGCACUGGCAUGGAACUGAGUCGUCGUCGGAGCCGUUGUUAUUGAGGUAAGGCGGAGAUUUGUCUGCGUCCGGUGACAAGGGCAGAGCGUGUUUCAAAUCACUAACUUUGCCGAUUUCAGUUGAGUUGGCAUCUCUGCUCCGUCUAUUGUGUAACUGAUUAAGGUAGUUGAUUUGUUAGUUUGUGUGCUUUGCUGUGAGUAAAUAUUGCUCAAUCUAAAUGAAUGAAAACAAUACAAAUAUCGGAGUGCUCCAUCUUUGGGAAAUUUAGUGAUUUGUUUUAAGUUAAAUUCACUACAUACGAAUCUAGUAAUACUGUUAUACUAGGCAUAACCUGAAAAUUGCUUCAAUGAAGGAUUUUUCUGUAAGCGAAAUGUGACACUUUAGUUCCAAUAAUGGAACAAAUAUGAUCAAGAGCUUCUAUUCCCGUUGCUUCUAGCAAAAGAAUUUCACAAACGGUAAAAGCUUAAAUACUGGAAUUUAAAAGCAGAAAAAUGUUCAGAUAACAUUGAUUCCAACCUCAAAUAAUUUAGAGAAGAAACUAGACGUUUAUUUGUUAUUUCUGACUUGUAUAAAAGAAAAAAAGAGCCAGUUAUGGAAUAAAAGGUUGUAAACGAUCAAGGAUCUAACAGGGAAAUGGUUAUUGGUAAUAUUGAUAUAGCUACAACGCAUGCGUUUUGGGGAAGAAAGAGUAAAGACACUACAGAGAAUAGUCGAGUUUAAUCAAGAACGGACAAAAGAAGAAAAAAAAACUAGUGCAUCAGAAACGAUUACUGGUGAUAAUGACAACGCUGAAGAACAACAGUGUUCUUUAUAAAAAGAGGUAAACCAACCAGUUCCAUCAAAUAGACAAGAAGAGAUAAAACUACCAGGUGCCUGUGUGGUUUAAGUUACCUUUCAGGUACUUAUGAUUUCAAACAUUUUUUUUUUUUUUAACCUUCUCUCAUAUUCAAGCUAUCUCUCUGACGAUCUCAAGAACGUUAUAGAUCAGAUUAUACAAAGAAAUGGGUACUUUGCUGUUCAGAAAAUAUCUUUUUGUCCAUGUUAAGUGAUGAACUUAAAAUUCAAAGAGAACUUGGUUUACGACGUGUUUUAAAAGCAAGAGCUGAAAGUAAAGACAGAGUUUUUACUUUCAGUUUUUCAAGUUUUAAGUUCCAAAUGGAUACAGUCCAGGGAAGUUGAAAGUUCCAACGAUAAACUUCGAUGCAAAGGAUUACAUCGACAUGAUCUCAUGGCCUGAAAACGACGUAACUGAGCCCCCCCCCCCCCCC